AUGCAUGCAAAAGAUGGCGACGAUUUCGGGGGAUCCGCAAGACCUUCAACCAAUCCUCAACCUGUGAAAACAUUCGAUGCGGGCAUAAUCGGGGGAGACGAAUACGCUGAGUGUAUUGGGAUCAGCGCAACCUCCAACAUACCAGUAGAUGUGGACCAUGCCAGCUCCGUGCCUAUUUCUCGGCGCAAGAAAGUCAUUAUUGUCGGCGCAGGUAUCAAUGGAAUUCAACAAGCGAGCACACUUCUUAGAGAUGGUUGCGUUACACUCAGCGACAUCCAGAUCGUCGAUGCCCUUGACGACUACGGGGGGGUCUGGAAGAAGAAUGUGUACCCAGGCUGCGCUUGCGACGUCCCUGCCAUGAUAUACACAACCUCCUACGAGAUCAACAGGGACUGGACGCACUUUUACGCGAAACGAGAAGAUAUCCAGACAUAUUACGGAAACUUUGCGCUGAAGUACGGUCUCGACAAGGCCACUCAGUUCGGUAGCUUUGUUGAAUCUUGCACAUGGGACGAAGAUCGUAUGGUGUGGCAUGUUGGCAUCAUAAACAAAGCCUCUGGCGAGAAGGAGCACUGGAUUGCUGAAGUUAUCUGCCAGUGUGUCGGUUCACUCGAUCGCCCGAAAUUUGGCAACACCCCGGGCCGUGAGAAUUACAAAGGGAUCACCUGGCACACUGCUCAUUGGAACAGCAACUACGACCUCACUGACAAGCGAGUCGCUAUCAUCGGGUGUGGACCAAGUGCAGCCCAGAUCAUUCCCGAGAUUGUUGACAAGACGGAUCAGUUGACGGUCUAUAUGCGUACACCACCUGUCUGUGUGCCCCGCAACGACUUUGCGUACUCUAGUUUGACAAAGUGGGCAUGGAAGUGGGUGCCAAUGUUCGCAUGGCUUUUCAGAAUGCGUAUGAACUUGCGUAUGAUGUGGUAUGGACGUCGCAUGGCUAUGAAAGGAGAUCCUACCAAUGAGAGAAUGACUGAAGCAGCGGUCAAGUUCAUGGAAUCACAAAUCUCGGACCCCAAUCUCAGGGACAAAGUGCGCCCACAUUCCAAGUAUUAUUGCAAGAGGCCGCUUCGCCUAGACAACUUCUACCCGGCGCUAGCAAAACCGAAUUGCACCGUUCUGCGCGAGGAUCUUGUUCGGUACACCGAGGCCGGCGUCAUCUCCAGGGAUAACGGCAAGGAGGUAGAGCGCGAGUUCGAUGUCAUCAUCUACGGGACGGGCUUCAACGUUGCGCAGUUCUUGGAGCACGAGAAGGUGACCGGCAUUGGAGGCGUUGACCUCCAGAAGAAGUGGCGGGCGCAUCCCGAAGCACUGUACGGCCUUGCUACGAGUGGGUUUCCCAAUAUGUUCUACUGUUUUGGACCCAACUCAGCACACGUUUGGUCGUCUCAACAAGACAACUGGGAGCAGCAAGCCCGCUUGGCGACGAAGUUCGUUCGAGAAAUCGUCGAGCGAGCUCGAGUUGGAAAGAAGCUCGCUGUGCAUCCAAAUCGAGACGCGGAACGAAACUAUAAUACAGCAGUUCAGCAUGGACAGUCAGGCGUAUUCGUUUGGUCUGAUGCAUCCUGUGUGACCUAUUACAAGAACGAUGAUGGUUGGAACACAUACACGAUGCCAUGGACAUGGUGGCAGUUCCGACGGAUGCUGAGAAAAAUUCGAUGGGAGCAAUGGGAAGUCAUCGAGAAGCCCAUCUCGGAGCCAAAGAUCAGUAUCGACUAA